AUGGCGAUUCCUGAGCCCACGGCCUCUCCUCCCCACCACUUCGUCAGCUCCCUUCGCCCCCUUCCCUCCCACAGCCCCUGUGUCUCCCUCAGCGGCAGCCCACCUGGCCCCCCCAGCAUCGCCUCCAUCCUGAGCCGCUGGGCACCCGGCAGGCCCUCCCAGGGAGGGUCCAAGUCCUGGAGCUCCUGGCACUCAGCCAGUCUCUGUUCCCAGGGGGGCAACAACGCUGGCCACACGGUGGUGGUAGAUGGCAAGGAGUAUGACUUCCACCUGCUGCCCAGUGGCAUCAUCAACACCAAGGCCGUGUCCUUCAUCGGCAACGGGGUGGUUGUCCACUUACCAGGCUUGUUCGAAGAAGCAGAAAAAAACGAGAAGAAAGGCCUAAAGGACUGGGAGAAGAGACUCAUUAUCUCUGACCGCGCCCACCUCGUGUUCGAUUUUCACCAGGCAGUGGACGGGCUCCAGGAGGUGCAGCGGCAGGCCCAGGAGGGGAAGAACAUCGGCACCACCAGGAAGGGGAUCGGCCCAGCUUACUCGUCCAAAGCGGCCCGCACAGGCCUCCGCAUCUGCGACCUCCUAUCGGACUUUGACGAAUUUUCCAGCCGAUUCAAGAACCUGGCCCAUCAGCACCAGUCCAUGUUCCCCACUUUGGAGAUAGACGUGGAAGGUCAACUCAAAAGGCUGAAGGGCUUUGCCGAGCGGAUCCGACCCAUGGUCCGAGACGGUGUUUACUUUAUGUACGAGGCGCUCCACGGCCCCCCCAAGAAAAUUCUCGUGGAAGGUGCCAAUGCAGCCCUCCUAGACAUUGACUUCGGGACCUACCCCUUUGUGACGUCAUCCAACUGCACAGUGGGCGGCGUGUGCACCGGUCUGGGCAUCCCCCCCCAGAACAUAGGCGAAGUCUACGGUGUGGUGAAGGCCUACACCACUCGCGUGGGCAUCGGGGCCUUCCCCACCGAGCAGAUCAACGAGAUCGGGGACCUGCUGCAGAGCCGCGGCCACGAGUGGGGUGUGACCACUGGCCGGAAGAGGCGCUGCGGCUGGUUGGACCUGAUGAUCCUGAGAUACGCCCACAUGGUCAACGGAUUCACCGCGCUGGCCUUGACAAAGCUGGACAUCCUGGAUGCCCUAGAUGAGAUCAAAGUCGGCACCUCAUACAAGCUGAGCGGGAAGCGCAUCCCCUACUUCCCAGCUAACCAGGAGAUUCUGCAGAAGGUGGAGGUGGAAUAUGAAACACUGCCUGGGUGGAAGGCAGACACCACGGGCGCCAGGAAGUGGGAAGACCUCCCCCCGCAGGCCCAGAGCUACAUCCGGUUCGUGGAGAACCACGUCGGAGUGGCAGUGAAAUGGGUUGGUGUCGGCAAGUCAAGAGAUUCGAUGAUCCAGCUGUUUUAGAUGAAGACAGAGCUGAAUCCAGCAGGACACAGCGGGUCCCCAUCCCCACAUAGACGGCCACAGUGGUGCCCCUUCCUCGGCCGGCAGAACGAACGCCAUAAACAAGGAAACAUGAAAAUGACUUUCUGUACUUUUCUAAUUCUCUUUAAGCCUUCAGCUCCACCACUGCUUUCUACUCUAAACAUCUGAGAGCCAGCAUUGUCUACAUUUUUAAAAAACCUCCUAUUUAAAGUGAGACAGAGGGCUCCGAACAGAGAGCUUUUACGGCACCCGAGUUGUCAUGUGAUUGUGUGUCCGACUGGAGGCGUCUGGCAAUAAACAAACCCAACAGCCGCUGAC